GGAAUCAGGCUUUCACCAUCUCACACAGCUUUAACGAUCGAGCAAGCAAGAAUCCCAUUUCGUCAGCGACCGAUCAAGGAUCAAGGAGUUUCCAGUUUACCAGCUGCACCGACGAUGGACGCGCCGGCCAUGUUCACGCGCAAGCACGUCCCCGAGAACAUCGCCGCCGAGGAGGAGGGCGGACAGCAGCAGCUGCACCGCGACGAGAAGCCGCACAAGCCGGUGCUCAAGAAGGUCAAGGACAAGGUGAAGAAGAUCAAGAACACCAUCGCCGGCAAGGGCCACGGCAACGGCGACGAGCACGAGCACGAGAAUGACACCGGUGGCAGCAACAGCAGCGACAUGGACGAGGAGGACUCGGCGAUGAGGGAGGCCGAGGUGGAGAAGGGCGGGUACCAGGUGGAGAAGGGUGGGUACCAGGAGGACGUCGAGGACAAGCGCGUCAUGGAUUCCAGCCCCGAGCUGCACGGCGCACCCAUGUACGACUCCGAGAGGAUCGCGGAGGUGAAGCGCAACGACGCCACGGGGGAUAGGCUCGGGGACUUCGGCGUCCCGGCGGCGAAGAAGGGGGUGGAGCGCACCGACGACACGGAGGUGCGGCUCGGCGACCAGCUGGGCGGCCCCGUCGUGGAGGACCCGAUGGCGCCGAACUCGAAGACGCCAACCCCGCGAGGCGGGGAGGACAUCGGCACGACGGACGUCGUGCGGGACUUCGAGGCGCUGGCCGUGUCGGACGACCCGAAGCACGCGGGCGUGCAGAAGAUGGAUCGCGACCAGAUCAAGGAGACGGAGGCAAUGCCGGUGUCCGACGGCACCGGGGAGGAGUGGACCGACGCGCCCGCGGACGCAGAGUACACGGGGAGCUACACGGACAGGCUCAAGAACACGGCGGCGGGCACCACGGAGUACGGCAAGAAGCUGGCGAGCACCGUGUACGAGAAGGUCGCCGGCGUCGGCACGGCCGUGGCGACCAAGGCGCAGCAGGUCACCCCCGGGUUCGGCGCGGGUGGGAGCGCGCAAGACGACUCCACAACCGCUGAGCCAAUGGCCGUGGACGCCGGAAAGAGGGACCUCGACCAGGGGAUGCCGGCCUCGUACGCCGGCACGGAUGAGCUGAAGAACGCGGCCACGGACGCGACGACGGAGGGCGCGCCUGCCGCGACGACGUACACGGACAAGAUCAAGUCCGCGGCGGCGGGCACCACGGAGUACGGCAAGCAGAUGGCAGGUACGGUGUACGGGAAGGUCACCCCAGUGUUCGGAGCGGGCGGGAACGCGCGGGACGACUCCAGCACCCCUGCCGUGGACGCCGGUAAGAGGGACCUCGACCUGCAGAAAGAGGGAACGCCGGCGUCGUACACCGGCACAGAGCAGCUGAAGAACGCAACAACGGACGCGACGACAGAGGGCGCGCCCGGCGCGACGACGUACACGGACAAGAUCAAGUACGCGGCGGCGGGCACCACGGAGUACGGCAAGCAGCUGGCAAGCACGGUGUACGAGAAGGUCGCUGGUGUGGGCACGGCCGUGGCAGGCAAGGCGCAGCAGGUGAUGCCGAGUUCGGCCGGAACCGCUACUCCUGGCGUAGGCGCGCAGGACGGCUCGACCGCGCGGACAGUCACCCCCGGCGCCGGCGGGCCGGGGAACGGGCAGGACAAGGGCGUGUCUGGCGUGACGGCGUAUAUCGCCGAGUAUCUGCGCCCGGGCGACGAGGAGCGGUCGCUGAGCGAGGCGAUCACCGGCGCCGUGCAGCAGCGCAAGGAGGGUGUCGGCAGCACCGUUUCCAAGGCGCGCGAGGUCCCGGCGCAGGCGGUGACCAGGGCGCGCGAAGCCGUGACGUCGCUCACCGGCGGGAACCGCGUCUCCGAGACCGUGCAGCCCACCACAGAGGGGAACAUCGGGGAAGGCGUCGCGGCGGAAGUGCCGACGCUUCACGGGGAGGAGAUCGGAGCCCCGAGGACCAACACCAAUGGACUGUGAACUGUGAACUGUGAAGCCUCCGCUGGUGUAGCGUGUGAUCAGUAUGCCGGAGUGGUGGGGAUCGCCGGAAUAAGUCGCCUGGUUCGUCAGGUGUACAUGCAGUGCGGGCUACGGUGCUUGGAUCCAUCUAUGGCUAGCUGAUUUUCCUUUUGGGUAUUUUGGGACUUGUUUUCCAGGAGUGUUCGCGAGUCGUGAUACGCUCUGUUUGUCUGUAAACUAUGUAUGUUCCAUGUUCUACUUGUUUAUACACCACUUCCAUGUUUUUGUUUGUAAA